UUGGCCGUUAUGCCGCAAUUUAAAAAUCCAAACAACGAAUAUAUGAGAAUGUUUUGAUAUUCUUUUUAACGUAAAGCUCUAACUAAAAAGUUCUUAUAAAGUAGGUAGUAAGCAAUAAAUUUGAAAUAAACUCACCGAUUACAUCUGAAAAAUUAACGAGCUAUAUUAAUAAAAGUUGAAAUAAUAUUUUAUCUUCAUUGUUGGUUGAUUAUCUGGCAAAUCAACAUUUUCACUAUGAUGCCUCAAGAUAUAGUAUCUUUAUUGAAGUUGGAUAGUUUAGUUGAUGAGUUGGAGAGAAAAAGUGAUUUCGAAGCUAGAAUUCAGAUUACUUUGCAGGCAAUACAAGAUACUUUGCCACUUGACGUACAGUGUGAACAAAAAGACAACGAAGAAUCAAGAAAAUUGAGAAAACAAGCAGAUAAAUUAAUUAUUAAACAAAAAAGCAGAUUUGUAGGAUUAAUAAAAGCUUGGGAAUUAUAUUGCAAGUGCAUAGCAAAAGCAAAAGAGUCAUCCUUAGAAUUAGCACUAGCUUAUGGGAAUAGAUCAUCUGUUCUCUUUCAUUUAAAAUUCCACAAUGAAUGUAUUCGCGACAUUAACAGAGCAUUACAAUUGUCUAGCUAUCCAGAUCAUUUCAGAGUUAACUUGACUCGUCGUAAAGCUAAAUGUUUAAAACUGCUAGGUAACCCAGAAUCUGAAAAAAUUUGCGAAGAAGCAAGGAGUUUAUUAGAGAGUUUGAAUUUGAAUGAUGAGGCCAAAGAAUUACUUGAAGAGAAAAUCAGUAGAGUGGCAGAGACUACUUCAAUACACGAACAUGAGUUAAAAGAUUGUAAAUUGAAGGAAGAAUGUAGUUUCAAAUUUGAUUCAAACAAAUGUAUACCAUCUGCUUCGGAUGCUAUUUGUAUCAAAUACACCAAAGAGUUUGGAAAACAUUUAAUAGCUGAUAGAGACAUUGAAGCUGGCGAAAUUCUCAUUGUGGAAAAGCCUUAUGCAUCACUUUUACAUUCAAAAAAUAUUUACUCUCAUUGUUCACACUGUUUUGUGAGAUCAUGGGAUAUCAUUCCUUGUGAAUAUUGUGUUUAUGCUAUGUAUUGCUCUGAAAAUUGUAAAAAUGAAGCUUGGAAGCAAUAUCAUGAUAUUGAAUGCCUAGUUAGAGGAUAUUUAGAGAGCUUAUCAAUACAAGGCAUAGGAUUAUUUAGUUUAAAACUUGCAAUUUUGGCUGUAAGAGAGAGUGGCAGUAUUAAGAAUCUUAAAAAGGAUCUUAAAAAAGUUGAUCAAUGUAAUGAUUACAUAAUGAAAUGUUUAUCAGAUGGAAUUUAUCGCAGUGAUAAAUAUAAAGCUUUAUAUAAUUUAGAGGGUCAUGAAAGUGUUAGAAAUAGACCUGAAAUUUUAACAAUAUCUUUAAAUACAGCUUUUAUCUUGCAUUACUUAUUUACACUUACAUCUUUUUUUGGUGAUAAUUCAGAUGCAGAUAUUUUAACAUUAUGUAAAAAUAAGGAUGUUAUGUUUUUUGGAAAACUGAUUGCUUGCCAUGCUACAAUUAUUCAGAUAAAUGAUCAUGAGUUUGUCGAAUUUCGUGAUAAUGAAUAUGAAGGAAUAGGUUCAGUAAUUGGUCCAGUAGCAAGUCUGCUAAAUCAUAGUUGCAAUCCUAAUAUAAAUAGAUGCACUGUUAUGAAAGACCAAACAAUGCAGCAAGUAUUUUAUGCUAUUUGCCCUAUAAAACAAGGCUCACAGAUAUUUGAUGAUUAUGGUUGUCAUUUUGCUUUCCAUUCAAAAACACAAAGGGAAGAUUUUUUAAAAAAGUAUUUUUUCAAGUGUUCUUGUUUAGCUUGUGUUGAAAUUUGGCCUUUGUUUGAUGAGCUUCCUUCUAUUUUGACUCUUGUUAGAGAGAAAGAAGCAAAGUUAUCAGUUGUAAGAGCUAUUGUUAGAAGUAAAGAGCAUCAAAGAACUAUUUCAAAAAUAGGAAUGGACAAAUAUGAAGGUAAUAAGAUGGAUCUUUUAUCAAGCUUAGCCAGUUCAAUUACUAUUUUAUCAGUAAAUACAAAAAAACCUAAUAGAGAAUACUAUGAAUUAAUUGAAUUAUUCCAACAAGCUUUUUAUGCAAUUUUUGGCUAUAAGUUCGAAGUACACGAUCCAAUGUGUAUUUGUUGAUAAAUUCUAUAU